CCCGCCGGGCGCUGCCAACGGAUGCUCGGCCGAGCGCUGCACCAAAGUCCGUAUGCCAAACUGCUUCUUGAGGCUAUGAAAGCGUCAGGCUGUGCCGUUUACAGAGAUCGACACUUUUCCUGUGAAGACUGUAAUGGGAAUGUCAGUGGCGGUUUUGAUGCUUCAACAUCACAGAUCGUUCUGUGCCAGAACAACAUCUACAACCAAGGCCACAUGACCAGGGUGGUGACCCACGAGCUGAUUCACGCCUUUGACCACUGUCGCGCCCACGUCAACUGGUUCACCGACGUCAAGCAUUUGGCCUGUUCGGAGGUGAGAGCUGCUAACCUCAGUGGAGACUGCUCAAUUGGCAAUGAAAUAACCAGGUUUAAUUUUGGAUUAAAGAAACACCAUCAGACCUGCGUACGAGAGCGAGCGCUUCGCUCAAUUUUGGCCGUCAGAAAAGUCAGCAAAGCAGCCGCGGAAAAGGCCGUCGACGAGGUGUUUGAUUCCUGCUUCAGUGACCACGAACCUUUCGGGAGAAUUCCCCAUAGCAAGAAGGAUGCCAAAUACGCUUAUAGAGAUUUCCAGAACCGGGAUCGGUAUUAUUCAAAUGUAUGACGACAGGCCCAGCUUGACCGUUCGAAAAGACGGCUGAGACCGCAACCGUGAAAUUUCCAUUUCCAGGGGGGGUCACAUAUAACUGAGGCGGCUCCGCUGAAGCCCCAAAAAGAGUCAAAUAUCAGUUAGCACGUUUGGAAUUUCCCUCUUUUCAACAUGCUACAUCCGCAGUACUUUAAGGAAGAUAAAAGUGUUCCUUUCUCGAUGUCACUCGAUGGCAUUGAGCGCUUACUGUGUGCUGAGCACUGUUCUAAACACCAAGGAGAGUACAGUAGAGCUGGUAGGCACGAUCUGUGCCCUCAGAGAGCUUUGUUGUAUCUUCUUCCUGAGGUAAAUUAAACUGGAGGAUUUUAUA